GGGCCCGCCGAGUCUCUCUGCUCAAUGGUGUUGCAAAUCCUGGUGCCCUUCCUGCUGGCCGGGCUCGGGACGGUCUGUGCCGGGAUGUUGCUUGAUUUUGUGCAGCACUGGGACGUCUUCCAGGAAAUCACAGAGAUCUUUAUUCUGGUGCCAGCGGUGUUAGGACUGAAGGGAAACCUGGAAAUGACCAUGGCCUCUCGACUCUCAACUGCCGUGAAUGCAGGAAAAAUGGAGCCUGCAAGAGAAAAGUGGAGGCUGGUCAUUGGGAACCUGGCUUUGAAACAGCUGCAGGCCACAGUGUUGGGACUGCUGGCUGCCCUGAUGGCCACGGCGUUGGGUUGGAUGAUGGAAGGAGAGAUGCUCUUGAAUCAUGCGACGCUCCUGUGUGCAGCCAGCAUUGCCACUGCCUUCAUGGCCUCGCUGCUUCAAGGUGUCAUUAUGGUUGGGGUGAUCAUCGGCUCCAAAAAGGUGGGAUUCAACCCCGACAAUGUGGCCACACCCAUGGCCGCCAGCUUUGGGGAUCUCAUCACGCUUGCCUUCCUGGCCUGCUUCAGCCAGUGGUUCUACACAUUCCUAGAAUUGUAUUCCUAUGUAUUAUACCUGGUGGGUUUGGUGUUUGUGUCCCUGAUCCCUCUUUGGGUGGUCGUCUCCUCCAAACACCCAGCCAGUUGCAUCCUCCUCCGCACAGGAUGGGAGCCAAUCAUCACAGCAAUGAUCAUCAGCAGCAUUGGAGGACUAAUUCUUGACAAAACUGUGUCAGAUCCAAACUUGGCAGGAGUCAUAGUCUACGCUCCAGUCAUAAAUGGUAUUGGAGGGAAUCUGGUCUCCAUUCAGUCUAGCCGCAUUGCAACUGAUUUGCAUGUCAACUGCUCAGCAGGGGAAGUUUCUGAGGAUCAUAACAGCUGCUCCAGUCCUUGUCGUACCUUCUGUGGCUCAGGAGCAAACCACCGAUCUGCCCGAGUUCUGCUCCUGCUGGUCAUCCCAGGUCAGCUCAUUUUCAUACACGCCAUUCACCUUCUGAAAGGAAGUCACACUCUGCCUUCCCCCGUCUUCAUUGUUGCCUUUCUGUCUGCUGCUCUGAUUCAAGUGUUCUCGCUGCUCUGUAUAGCCGACUGGAUGGUGCACUGUCUGUGGAGGAGGGGUAAAGACCCUGACAGCUACUCCAUCCCUUAUCUCACAGCGCUGGCAGAUUUACUAGGGACUGGUCUCCUCUCUCUUGUAUUUCUCCUACUCUGGUGCAUUGGAGACCGAGGCAGCACUUGAAUAUUAUGGAAAGGUAGAAGGAAAAAAAAAACAAACAAACCAAAAAAUACACUGAGUUAAUUGUCUAGUCCUUCUCAUUAUCAAUAUGGCAAGACCGGGAUUCAAUAGACAGAGUAUAGGAAAUUUAUUGUGCUCAGAAUCAGAAUUAAGCCUAAACAGACUUUUUAUUGUUAACUGUGAUUGUAUUGUCACCCCUCGUGUGUGUCUUCAUUUGAGUGCAUUGUUGUUUUGUAAAAUAAAGCUGUCC